AACAUUCUAGGUGAAUAUACCUUUCGUAUAAAGACUAUCCAGAGGCUCUUUGAGUAAGUCAAUGAAUUGAUUUUGGUACAGACGUAUAUAUAUAUGACACCAAAACAAUGAACUAUUGGUAUGUAUGAGUUGUUGAGCUGCUGAAAAAGAUUGGAGAGUGAGAAGAAAAUGUAUGUGACAAGACCCCUUUCCAUGUACAAAAGGAACCCUGGUGCUCUUUCAGAGCCUCCUGAAGGACCAAAUUCAGGUUAUCUUGUAAUCUUUGAUGAAGAAGCUCAGACAUACUCAUGUUUUGGUUUGUGCAAGGACCCUACUAUCUGGGAUCUUCCCUUUCCUCAGGACAAAAAUUUAACCAUCAACUAUGGAAGUGAUGAUGAAGAAGCCUUGUUUGUUCCAGUCUUGAAUCAACCACUGUCAUCAAACCGUUACUAUGUGAUAAGAAAGAGGGGGAAGCAUCAAGGUGAAGCUAGCACAAGUUCAAAGGAAGAGGACAUGGGAACCUGUUUAUGUUGCAGUUUUGUCCGCGAUGUUAAAUCAAGACCUUUGGAUCCCUCUGAUGUUUAUCAGCAGGUUGAAAUCAUCAAAAAGAGUUACGGUUUCCAGGCAAAGUCUGUUGCCUCAGACGGAAUUCCUGCUGGUUUGUUGAGGAAUAAAGGGUGGACAGCUUAUGGUAGGACUCCCAGCAAUUACCAUUUACGUGAAGCUUUAGGCGCCAAUGAUUCCUUGCGUGCCAAGCUUCCUGAUGUUAACUUCCCACUAUCCAAUGAUAGGUCUCAAUCAGUGGUUGUUGGAAAGUGGUACUGCCCUUUUAUGUUUGUGAAGGAAGGAAUAAGACUGAAGGAGCAGAUGAAGAAGUCAGUGUUCUAUGAGUUGACACUCGAGCAAAGAUGGGAAAAGAUAUUUUCCAAGGAAAACAAUGAACACAGUGGUGAGAACCAUGCUGUGUUUAUAGAUGUUGUUGUUCAAACAGAAGUUGCCAAGGUUGCAGGAAAGGAAGCUGUUUGGGAUGAGCAUGGUGUUGACAAUGAGAAAGUGGUGUGGUUUAGGAGUUUUGGCGAUGGAACCUCUGAAAGAAGUGUUGGACUGAGUUUGGAAAUUGUUAAUGGUAUGAAAUGGGAGCAAGAAAGAGUUGGGUGGAUUGCAGGGAAUGAAAGGCAAGUGAGAGUGGAAAGAGUGGAGAAGUUUGAAGGAACAAUUAACAAGUGGGUGAAAUUUGGUUGCUACGUGCUGGUAGAAAGUUUUAUAUUGAAGGCAAUGGAUAGCAGAUUGGUGUUAUCUUACGAAUUCAGACACAAACAUCAAAUUAGGUGCAAAUGGGAGUGAUUGAUUUCUUUUCUGCAUAUUUGUGUUAUUUAAUGUUUGGUUAGUUCUUGUUUUUCUUUUCUGCAUAUU